AAGUUGAAUCGUGGUUUCGCUUCGACGCAGCAUUUAUUUACCACUGUCAAAAGAUUAGCUUCGUGUGGCCACGGCUUCAUGUGAAGAACAGAAGGUGGACCGCGAUAGUGUGUAGUCGGGGAACGUAAAAACAUUUGUGGCAUGGAAAAGUUGUAGAACGUUGCGAAUGUUGGAUGGUGUUGUUGUUUGAUUAGAAGAGGACUAGGCGGCCCGUGGCGGCACCAUUCGCCACUUGCUUCUUCCGGUCGGAUGUCGGAACUGGCGUACACCUUCGGAUGAUUAUUCGAUUGUUCGCCGUGUGUACGUCGAAGUGUCGUUUGAGCUGUGCGUAGACAGGUUAGCGUUCCCCCCCCUCCUCGACCCUAUCGUAGCGGUGACGUUGGCCGAACUGGGAUGUGAUAGCAGGGCAACGAUUGGCUCUUACUGCGCUGUAAACAUCGAAACAUACAUUUGUCGUCACGAUCAAACCGCGGACCGAGAGCUGCAGAGGAACGUUCUCCCUUUCCGGAAUCGAACCUUCUACCUGCUGGCCGUUCUUUGUUCUGCGCGGGUAAUCUGUUGGGGCUGUGAAAAAUAGUGAACCCGACUUAUUUUGACAGUGGCAUCGUAACGCAGCGAGCAGCGAUGGAUGUGGCCAAGCUGUUUGACGAUCUCGAGUCCAACAAUCUGGACCGUGUAGACGAAGUGAAGCGCAAGUUCCAGGAAAUAUUUUCAUCCACAAAAGAAUCCUGGCUUGCGUGCAACAUGAUGGAGUACUUCGCCCACACCUCCUCGAUAAGGAUCGUCGAAAUACUGGUCAAGGUACAACAGCCCCACGAUAAGCACAUAUUUGACCGACUGUCCGAGUGGAUCCGGAGCGGUACGUCGAAAACGCUAGCACUCACCCUGUUCGGGCAUAUCAUCCAGAAACGGCCACUCUGGCUGUAUAAGGUGGGCAACCACCAGCUGGUAAAGGAGGUGCUGAAGCUAUCCAAGGUGGAGAAAGACAUCACCUCGCUGAUCAAUGCGGUCCUGUGCAUCAUCGAUCUGCUGCCCGUGAUCCCGCUGGCGAUGGGGAGCUUUGUGCAGGAUCUGUUCGACGUAUUCAACUACCUUGCCACGUGGAACCAGAACGAGUCGCACCUGCCCGAGUACCAGCUGAUCCAUCUGCAGUUCGGGCUGUACGAGCUGUUCACCCGGCUGUACGGCAUGUAUCCGUGCAAUUUUGUGGCCUUCCUCAAGCAGGAGUACUCGUCGUCCGGGCGGCAGGCCGUGUUUCAGCACACGAUCAAACCGCUUCUGGACACGGUGAAAAUACACCCCCGGCUGGUGCUGUGCGACCGGGACAGCGAGACGAGCCAGCAGCGCUGGAAAAACAUGGAACCGCACGACGUGGUGAACGAGUGUGCCCGAAUGUCGCUCGAGUAUCCGGAGCCGCAGCCGCUGGAAAGCGCCCAGGCGCAGCUGCUGGCAGUGAACGGGCCCGGGGGCAACGAAUGUCCCUGCUACAUGACACCGAUAAAACCGUACGAAUACCCGGCCGGCGGUGGUACGGAUGCUUUCGAAUUCCCGUGGAAAGCCAACGUGAACUUUUUCAACACGCUCUCGCUCGACCAGCAGCUGUGCACGAUCGCGGCGCAGAACUCGAUCUGGUCGCCUAACAGCACGCUUAUGCAGCCAACGCCUCCGCCCACCACUGGCACCGUUCCGCAUACCCCGAUUCCUACGCCCAGCUAUACGAUCCCAACCGUGCCGGUUCCACAGCCACCGGCAGCGGAUGGAGCAUCGCCGCCGGAAGCAGCGGUCGAAGCAACGCCCGAGACAACACCGAUGAAGGAUACGAAACCGGCGGCCAGCAGUAGGCCCUACCCCACGUCCGUGAAACCCCAGACGGCCCGUGCCAUCUGGACGCCGUCGCAACCGGCAUCGCCGAUCAAGAAGGACGUGGGUCAGUCCCACUUCAACUAUGAGUAUCCGCUCGCGGUGGUCACCUCCAAGAAGCUGCUGCAGGUCGUGAGUGAUCGCAACCAGUCGCUGCUGCAUCUUUCCGACACGGGCACAACCACGACCACGACCACGAUGACAACGGUCGCUUCUGCCACGUCGACCACGAGCAACAGCGUGCCGUCCAGUCCACUGCCGAUCGAUCAGCAGACGAUGGUGGGUUCGGCCGCUCCCGGCACGCGCAACGAGUCGCCCAUGGUGCAGAUCCAGCCGGCCCAAUCACGCCCCGGCGAUUUGAGUCAAGAGGACCAGGAGGUGGAUGACAUCAACAGUCCCCAUAUGCACCAUUCGCAGUCACUGCCGGUCGGUACGGCCGUUCCGAUUCGUGAUCUGUGUGCGGACGAGGAUCAGGACCAGGGCGAGGGGUCGCCCUGUUCCGCCGGUGGGCUGCACUUUAAAAACUCACAGUCCGUCAUCAACUAUACGCGCCGACGGCUGCACAGCCACUGUUUGGUGGAUUCAUCUGAUCCGUACUACAGCACCGGCACGUCACCGGCGGACACGAGCGGGAACUACCUCCGCAAUGGGGCUACCAUGGCGACGCAGCUCGUCUCGCUUGGAGCGCGUGGUGGUGGUGGUGGUGGUGGCGGCGGUGUUAUCGGCCCUGGCCAGCAGCUGCAAAUCCCAGAACCGUUGGCCAUUUACAGCCGUCAACAGGUGGCCGAACAGGAGCAACACCACCACUACCACCAUCAGUGUCACCAUCACAUACAUCUGCACCAACAGCAUCAUCAACACAAUCAUCAUCAUCACGUUGUUGGGGGUGCGGGCGCGGGGUCGUUGUUUGCAGGGCACCAGCAGCAGCGCCGCCAUUCGUUGCCAGAUCUGAAACAUUUUGCGCUGAAGGUGAAUCCGAAGCUGCUGCUCGACUCGGUUUCGAUCGUCAAACAGCGCCAGCUGGGCCAGCAGCCGAAUCGGGCGGGUGAGACGGCCAACGGCGCAGGCAACAACAGUGCAUCGUCCUCGGAAGGUGUCGGCAGCAACGCAGACAGUAGCCCAUCGGAGGAGGAAGCCAUCUCGGCGGCGACGCACUUUCACAGCAAGCAGGAACAACGCUCCAGUGAGCAGCUCGCACGCAACCAGGAACUUUUCCGCCAGCUGCGCAACAAUCUGACGACCGUCGUCACUCCGAUCAGUCAUCUGCAGCACCACCGUGGACAUCACCACCCUCACCAACAGCAGCAGCAGCAGCUGCGGCUCCAGGGGGAAUCGUUCAGUGUUACCCGAUCGCGACUCGAUCACCAGCCCAGUAGUGCAGGAACGGCGAUCGUGCCGGUUCCGCCACAUGCGACCAUCUCGACCGCGACGCAAACAAUCAUUAGCUGGCCGCAGCCUUACGAGCAGAUAUUUUACGGCAUCCUGCAGGAAGAGCUGCGCUUCAAGAACAGCAUUUCCCAGAUGCAGCACGAACAGCAGGUGCAGAAAAGUGGCCGACUCGAUCCGUACGCGCUGCUCGACCAGUACAUAGAAACGUGUGCGAAAACGCGCGCUACGCAGACGGAGAAUGGCAACCGGGCGAACCUGCCCGAAUCGUACUAUCAGGACCACAUCCGGCUGUUGCAUCUGCAGCUGCAGUACGAACGCCAUCGGCGGGAGAUACACGCCGAGCGCAACCGGCGGCUGCUGGGCAAGAGCCGUAAAAUUCGCGCGCUGGAACAGAACAACGAAGCGCUGAAGGAUCAGGUGGCCCGGUUGACGCGGGAGAUUGCCUCCCUGAAUGCGGAGCUCAGUACGGUGCGCCGCAAAACGAACGCCGAGCUUACGGAAGUGUCGCGAGAGUGUGUACGCUGGAAGGAAACGCUCCACCAGGAGCAGGAACUCUGCAAAGAGCGGCAGCUGAAGAUUGAGGCGCUGCAGGUGGUGAUCAAGGACGAGACGGCCCAGCGCCGGGAGGUGAAUCUGCAGCUGGAGAACGCACAGGGCGAGCUGUUCGAUUUGCGGAACGAGCUGCGGAAAGCGGUCGGGAAGGCGGACUUGGGGCAGCAGUACCGCGAAGAGCUGACCCGUUUGCAGUCGGAGCUGCUGAUGAUGGGCGAGGUGCAGUUGCGCUUUAGGGAAAAGCUUACGGAGCUGGAGCGGUUGCGCGCGCGGGAAGCAGAAAUUGCACUCAUGAAAGCGAACUAUCACGAGGAAUGGAAAGAGCUUAAAUUUGCACUGCAGCAAAAAUCGGCCCAGCUCGAUACGGCCAAGGAACGGCAGGCCGAACUGGAACAGCAGCUGAUCAAACGGGAGGAAACUAUUACGCACCAGAAACGGACGCUGAAAACGGUUAAGGAAGAGUACCAGGAAAAAUUUAAGGCCCUGGAAAACAAAUACGAAGCACAAAAGGCAAUCAUAAUCCGCAUGGAGGACCAAAUCGAAGAGCUGCGCGUCCAGAGCUGCGUUGCGAAAUCUCCCGAUUCUGAUCGGACUGAUGCGGUCGGAUCGCUCGAUCACACAUCACCGCUGUCGAUCUCGCUGGCGUCCAGCGAGGGUAUUCCGGAAAUUCGCAACCUAUCCGCCCUUGUUGCACAGAAUUCGGCCGGUCUGGGAACACAGCUGGGCGGUGGUGGACACAGCAGUACGUUGCCCGGUAUGGGCAACAGCAGCACCAGCGGUACCAUCGAGCUCGAUUCCAAUCUUCCGACGCCGACCACUGCCGGUCUGUAUCAGCAGGGCCAAGGCGGUGGAACGUUGCCCGAUCCAUAACAGCAUUGCUGUGAGCAAUGGUCUAUCGUCACCACCGCGUUGACGGAUGGUGAAGGAUGUAUUUCGAUGCCGCUUAUGAGAGUCGAGCCUUUGGGUGUUUGCGUGUGUGUGCGUGUAUGUGUGUUAUGCUCGCCGCAUGUGCCCGCAGCAAUGUUAUCACUUGUUACUACUGUUGGCUUCCAGUUUGGUUUGUGUUUUGUUUGUUAUUGUUUCCCCCCGUCACAAAUCGAACUUUGCUAUUUUUCUGUUCGGCUUUUCGGUUGAAAUGUGAUUGCAGACGGUUAUUGCCCUUCCCCGACAAACCGUCGUAUACGGCCAUACGUCCUUUUUUUGCCUUUUUCCAAUUCUCCUUUUAGUAGUGUACCAAUGAUGCAAUUGGUGGUUUUAGUUGCAUGAUUGAAAAUGCGCAACAAAAAAACAUCCCUAUGAAAACACCACACAAUCUGGAUGGGAGCGUGCGUCGUGUGAAGUGUCUUGAGCAGUCGUUAGAUAGGAUAGGAAGAGAUAAAAACAUACACCCCACACCCAACUACUAUUAUUGUUUGCACACGAAACCACGGAAACUGCAGCUACUAAAACUGACGCCUCGUCGGAUAACCGCUCGGUACGUCGUAAUAAAUAUCUAUAUUUUCAUACGCCAAAGUAAAAUCGAACACGAAAACGUGUACAAAACAAAGAAGCGAUGGACGAAUGGGAGGAGAGGCGCUUCGAAGGCUCGGGGGCGGUUUGUGAGGACGGGAGUUUGAGUAAUCAUUGCGCUAGAUAUGUAUAUUAUGAAAUAAGCAAAAAUACACAGAACGACACCCAUUUAUGGCGACUGUAUGGCAUUUACGCAGCCAAUAAUCGGUGCGAUCCACACCGAUCCAGACACACACACACACACACACACACACUGAUGUGAGACAAUGCAGGGCUUUGCAUGAUGAGAGCCAGAAAGUGCCCUCCCCCGCCCAAUUGUGAGACUGGACUGUAAUUUGAAUUCUCGAACACCGAAAACACCGUUGUUAGAUACAUUAAAGGAGAAGAAAGCGAACCACGAAAUCGUUCUCAGCACACCAUCACCACCAAACACAUACAAAUGCUAAGGAUGUUGUACUGAAGCUGAUUAGCCCUUACUGUGUUGCGGUUAUGAGUAUAUAUAUGUGUGUGUGUGUGUGUAGAUGAGAUGCUCGAUAACGUGAAGAUAAUAAAGGAAACAAAUUACCUAAUUCUAGCAGGCCGUA